AUGCUCGAAGAAUUAACUAAACGGGUCGAGUCCGGUGAAAAGAAGAUAGAGGCGAACGACAAGAAGGUGGAGAACUACAAUUCGAGGGUCGAUCAGAUUCCGGGGGCUCCACCAGUGUUGAAGGGACCGGAUUCGAAAAAAUUUAUUCAAAUGCCAUUUCCGCCGAGUGUGGCACCGAUGAAAAUCCCCAAGAGAUUUCGCAUGCCCGAUAUCCCGAAGUACAAUGGGACAACGGACCCAAAUGAGCAUGUGACUGCGAAUAUGUGCGCUAUUAAGGGCAAUGAUCUCACCGAUAAAGAAAGGGAAUCAGUGCUACUUAAGAAAUUUGGGGAGACUCUGUCAAAGAGGGCUAUGAUUUGGUAUCAUAACUUGCCCGAGCACUCGAUUGAUUCAUUUUCCAUACUCGCUGAUGCUUUCGUUAAGGCCCAUGCCAGGGCCAUCAAGGUCGAAACUCGAAAAUCGGCCUUGUUCAACGUUAAGCAACGAGAUGACGAGACCCUCUACGAGUUUGUGGCUCGAUUUCAAAUAGAGCGCAUGGACUUACCUCCAGUUACUGACGAUUGGGCCGUUCAGGCUUUCAUCCAGGGACUCAAUUCGAGGAGCUCGAUCACAUCUAUGGAGCUAAAACAAAACCUGAUAGAAUACCCGGCGAUCACCUGGGCUGAUGUACACAACAGGUACCAGCCUUACCCGCUCGAUCGAAGGGGGAACGGGCGCAACAGCGAAUCAGGCAAGAAUGAUAGGAGGAACGAUCGAAGGAAUGAUCGAGGCCAAAAUAGCCGUGGUUUGAUAAACAGAAAUGCUGUCGAUAGAGCCCCGGGAAACAGAGAAACUCCAAGGUUAUCCGAGUACAACUUUUGGGUCGAUGUAGCAACCAUAGCGGCGGUCGUUAUCCGAAAUAAAGAAACAGGACAUCCGAGGCCAAUCCAAUCUGAUCCAGAGAAGCGGGAUAAAAGUCUUAUUUGUAAGUAUCAUCAUAAUCACGGCCAUCGAACUGAGAAUUGUCGGCAGCUGAGAGAGGAGGUCGCCCGUCUGUUCAAUUUGGGAUAUCUUCGAGAAUUCCUAAGUGAACGAGCAAAAGCCCAUUUUAAAAACCUGGACUCCAACCAGCAGGAUAGGGCGGAAGAGCCUCAGCAGGUGAUAUACAUGAUCAUAGGAGGAGCUGACAUUCCUAUUGGGCCGGUUAUAAAACGCACAAAAAUUUCCAUAACGAGGGAAAAGCGUAUCCGGAACGAUGACCCCAAUGGCCCUAUCACAUUCAAUGACGAGGAUAUGGAAGGCAUCGCCCAGCCGCAUAAUGACGCACUGGUAAUAGCUGUCCUUAUCAAUAAGUUUAGAAUUAAACGUGUGCUAAUUGAUCGAGGUAGCUCGUCUAAUAUCAUCCGAUGGAGAGUCAUCGAACAGCUGGGACUACUCGAUCAGAUCAUACUGGCAAUACGGGUCCUCAACGGAUUCAACAUGGCAUGCGAAACGACGAAGGGUGAGAUCACUUUACCGAUCAGUAUGGCAGGAACUACGUAG